AUGAAGUGGCUUCCAUUGAGUUUGAGUGUUCUGACUGCACUGUCCUCAGUGCAGGCAGUGAAUUGGCAGAUCUCUGACAAAAUUCAAGGGCAGGAUUAUUAUGAAAAGUUCAAUUUUAUCUCCGGCACCGAUGCCAACAUGACGCAAGGCCUGGUGGUGUAUCAGGGAAUUGACUCUGCAAAGAACUUGAAUUUGACUUCCGUGGAUGGAAACAAAUUCACAAUGCGUGUGGAUACGACGAAGGAGCAGCAUGAAGGCCGCCCAAGUAUUCGUAUUGAGUCAAAAACUUCGUACAAUGAUUCUGUGAUUAUUAUGCAGGCCUCCCAUGUGCCUACUGGCUGUGCUGUUUGGCCGGCUUUUUGGACUGUGACGAACAACCAGCCGCUUUGGCCUAAGGGUGGUGAAAUUGAUAUUCUGGAGAAUGUGAAUGAUCAGUUCCCAUACAACCUUGGCUCUGUUCAUCUGAACACAUCAUGUUCUAUUCAAAAUCCUCAGCAAACUGGUACUACAGUAUUCACACAAUGCAAUGCUCUUGCAAACCAACAAUCUGGUUGCCGCGUUGCUAUGAAUGGUACCAACCCCUCUUGGUCAUACGCCGACCUUAAUCAAAAGGGCGGUGUCACCGUCGCCAUGGAGCGUGACUUCUCCGAUGGCGGCAAGGGUAUUCGAAUGUGGCUUUGGGCUAAGGGUGAAGAGCCAAGCGAUGUUAAAUCUCCGGGAAAGGAUGUGAAUCCUGAUCAAUGGGGCGUCCCCAACGCUGACUUUGGACUGACACAAUGCUCUGAUCAAUUCAACAACCAUAACAUCAUCUUUGACAUUACUCUUUGUGGCUCUUGGGCUGGAAAUGCUUAUACUGAAACGACUUGCCCGUCGCAAUUCAAAUCGUGCAGCUACCAAGUUGGUUUCUUGGGUGAUUCAUUCAAAGAUGCUUACUGGGUGGUAGACGGGCUUUAUGUGUAUACGCCGAAUGGCGUCGCCGGUGUUGGUGCAAGCACGAAGCAAGCAAAUGAUGGUUCCAUUCCACGUCAUGCAUUGGCUCUUACUUACACACUGAUUUUCGCUGCCAUUGUGGCCUGUUUCCUGUAA